AUUAAAAAAUUUAUUAUUUAAAUAUUUCAUUGACUAAUGUUAAAAAAAAUUACUAAAAAAUAUUUAUUAAAUUUUUUUCCAUUUUUUUCAGUAAAUUCUACAUAUUGUAAUAAUUAUAGAAUGGAGUAUUAUAUGGAAUUGAGUAUUUAUAUGUAAAAAUAUAAAUACAUCGUUUGGAUCGGCCCGUCCCUGAGAAAUCAAUAUGGCCUCCGGUCGUUGACGGGGCACGCGAGUUUAGGAAAAGUUUUCUCCUAAAAACUUCGAAAACGAUCCCGAUUUUUGUUUAUAAAAUUAUUUAAAACUAUUUUUUACUUGUCAACAAAUUUGUCACAAUUGUGACGAUACUAGAUGGUGUUGAGGUUAAGUUAAAAAGCAAAAAAAUUGUAAAUAUUGAGAUAUUUUGCAUUUAUUCCUGAAGACCAUGGUUGUCUAACACCGAUUUAUAUAAAUAUUACAUCAACAAUUGCCAUUGUUCAAAGUAAAAAAUUUAGGUAAUGUUCAAAAUUGGAGUAAAACAAAAUAAUAAUAAUUUUUUAUAAGUGUAAACAAACAAUAUGUCGGAAGAAAAUUGUAAAGAAAGUGCUGUGAUCGAGGGUUGCCAGGAAGAAGAGGGCGAAGAUGAAGAUAUGGCGACCAAUACAGUUGAAGACAAUGUUAGUAUUCAACAAAUACUUGAAGGAAUGACUAAUGAGUUUAACAAGACAUUAAUAAAUCCCAAUAAAACUAAUGAACAUGAAAAGUCUGAAUCAAAAGUUUCUAAACCAGAGGGUGAAUUAAAAACAUCAGAGAAAAUAUCUGAACCAGAACUCCAAAAAGACAAUGUUGUUGAUGAAAACUCUGUUGAAGAAACAAAAGAAAACGAUGAAGAAAUUAAUGACAAGCCAAUUGAAGUAGAUGAAACUUCAAAAGAAGUAGAAACUAUUACCAAACCGCAAGAAGCCAUGAAAAAGGAUGGAAACAUUCCACGAAUUGUACUAACUUUUAGAACAAUUGAUGAAACAACUGGUGAUGGGCGAAAAACAAAAAUAUCAAGCUGUGCAUCAAACUUGAGUCUUGUUCCAGAUGAAUUGGGGAAUUGUGAUCAUCUAGGUGGUGUUUCUGUAAAAAUUGAACAUUCAGAUGAUCAUUCGGAUGUGGUAGAAAAAUCUGAUACUGAAGAAGGUAGAAAUGAUGAAGAGGUUAACUUAGAUAAAUCGAGCAAUAAUCAAAGUCAAGAAACAGAAGUUGUACCAGAGAGUACAAAGAUGCCUGAAUCAACAACUCCAAGUGAAAGUGAACCUCAAAAAGAAGAUGAAAAAAAAGAAGAGAACGAUACUACUAAAAAUGUAACUGAUCAAAAUACAGAAUCUGCAACAAGGAAACGAAGAAGUAGAACAAGACUUCGAGCAUUUAGUGAUUCAAAUGAAGAAACUCCAGGACCAAAACGUUCUGCUAGAAGACUUUGUAAAGAAUCUAUAAAAAGUACAGUAUUAGAGAGUGCUAUAGCUAGAAAAGAAAAAAAAUAUUCCACUGAGGAAAACAAAAAAAGAAAAUAUACAAAACCUGGAAGACCGAAAAAAACUCUCGUCAAGGAAACUAAAACAACAUCAAAUUCUUAUGUUGAAUACAAUAAUAGCUAUAAUUCUGACAGCAAUUCCUUUGUUGAUAGCUCUAAAAACACCAGUCCUGGAGACAAUACUACAACUGAUAACCUAGACAUUUCAAAAAGGUCUGUAAUUGACUAUGAAGGAAUGCCAAAGUUGUCUCCAAUGAUAAAAAAUGCGGAAACACAGUCAAAGGUAGCUGAUGGAGAUGAAAACUCGCCUGUUGAUGGUGAUAAACCUUUCCUAAAACCAGCAACUAGUCGAAAAAAAGAUCGUGGAAGACCAAGGAAUAGUGUUCAAUUAGCUAGAAAAGUGAUAAAGACUGAUUCUUUUGAAGAUGGAUCUUCAUCUACAGCUGAAGCUGGUAAAAAUAACGAUUAUCCUGAAGAGUACAAUAUUCCCUUAAAAAGAACCCGAAGAAGUAUGGUUCCUAGUCCAAGUCCUGCUGAAGGUCAAGCUUCAAAACCAGAAUCAACUGCAAUAUUUAGUGAAACUUAUGAACAAUCUAUGCUUUGUCUCUGCCAAGUCAGAUCUCAAUUAUAUGUGACAAUAACUGGCUCAGGCGCUCCAUUAUUUUGUACAGCAAUAGAUUCAAUUGAUAACCGGUUAAUCGGGUGUUCGAAUGAAGUGGAUUCAAAUGACGUUGCCAUGAGACGUCCUAGCACUAGAGUUCCAUUUAUAAUUCUUUGUCGAACUCAUAAAGAGCGUCUUUUACGACACAAUUGCUGUCCAUCGUGUGGUCUUUUCUGUACCCAAGGUAAAUUUGUUCAAUGCAGUAACGGCCAUCAAUUUCAUCGAGAUUGUGAAGUGUUUAUUAAUAAAAAACCUGCGUGUCCACACUGUGCUAAUGAAAGUUCUACAUAUGAUGUCUUGAUUUCAAUGACGGGAUCAAGAAAACCAGUCUAUAUACCUACACGUAGAAAAUUCUCAAAAUUACCAUCAGCUAAGAUGACUUUACCAGGAAAAGGUGAUAAUACAAAGCUGGCUGAACGUCCACCAAGUCCAUUAGUAAAGCCUGAAGACAUUAGAAUACCUCCGCCUACAUUAAAUUCGGAUAGACCUGAACGGUAUACAAUGAUGAGCCUUUAUACUUCAGUAAAAAAUGGAGAUCUAGAAAAAUUAGUUAAUGUGUUAACUUGCGGAUUCAAUGCAAAUCAUAUAUUCCGAGAAUAUUCACAACGAACAGGACUUCACAUAGCAGCUGAUAAAGGUCACUUAGGCUGUGUUCAUGUUCUUAUCCAAGCCGGAGCACAGUUAGAUGUAAUGGAUAAAAAUCAACUCACACCAUUGAUGUUGGCAGCCACGGAAGGAAGAACAGAUGUUGUUCGGUAUUUAGUCAGAGUUGGGGCAGAUGUGACUUUAAAGGGUGAAGAUGGAAUGACCGCUCUCCACAUGGCAGCUAAGUCAGGACAUCUUGAUGCUUGCAAAAUUAUUUUAACAGAAUGCAAAGUACCUCGAACUUUAGUCGAUUCUGUUGAUGAUGGUGGAUGGACUAGUUUAAUUUGGGCUUGCGAGUUCUGUCACACUGAAGUUGCUCGAUUUCUUUUAGAAAAGAAAUGCGAUCCUCUAAUCAGAGAUGCAGAACAAAAUAUAGCAUUACAUUGGAGUGCUUACAGUGGAAGCUCGGAAAUUACGGAGAUGUUGUUAAAUGAGGGAUGUGAUGUUAACGCUGUUAAUGUUCAUGGAGACACUCCGUUACACAUUGCUGCAAGACAAGAUCAGUAUGCAGUGAGUGUGUUGCUAUUAGCACGAGGUGCUAAAGUAUCUGAGACAAAUGCGGCAGGAGAAACAGCAAUCAACUGUUGUACGACUGACGGUGACACAAUGGCAGCACUUCGAUUGAACGCAAGAGUCAUUGAAUUAUCGGAAAGCAUGUGGGAAAAGACUACUAAGAUUCUCAGUAAUGAUAUUUCUCGAGGAAAAGAAACUAAUCCUAUUCAAUGUGUUAAUGGAUUCGAUUCAGAAGAAAAACCUACUGACUUCUUAUAUGUCAUUGAAAAUUGUUUCACGAGUAAUAUUAAAAUUGAUCGUACUAUAACAUCCCUCCAAUCAUGUCAUUGUGAAGAUAACUGCAGCUCGGAGAAAUGUUUAUGUGGCAAUAUUAGUUUAAGAUGUUGGUAUGAUGAGGAAGGAAAGCUGAUUCCUGAGUUUAAUUAUUCUGAUCCACCAAUGUUAUUUGAAUGUAACCCAGCUUGUGCUUGUAAUCGCAUUACAUGUAAUAAUCGUGUAGUGCAGCAUGGUUUAACACAACGAUUCCAGUUGUUUAGAACAAAAGGAAAAGGUUGGGGCUUAAAAACAUUGAGACAUGUUCCAAAAGGAACUUAUGUUUGUGAAUACGUUGGAGAAAUAAUCUCGGACUCCGAAGCAGAUCACCGUGAAGAUGAUUCUUAUCUUUUCGAUUUAGAUAAUAGAGAUGGAGAAACUUACUGCAUUGAUGCAAGACGUUACGGAAAUUUAGCACGAUUUAUCAAUCAUUCAUGUGCUCCCAAUUUACUCCCAGUUCGUGUUUAUGUUGAACAUCAAGAUCUGCAUUUCCCUAGAAUAGCAUUUUUUGCGAAUCGUGAUAUCGAAGCAGAUGAAGAACUUGGCUUUGAUUAUGGAGAAAAGUUUUGGAUAAUAAAAUAUAAAUCAUUUACGUGUACUUGUGGAGCAUUAAACUGCCGAUAUUCGGAAAAAACAAUACAAGUGACAUUGGAUAAUUAUCGUAAGAAAAUACAACAAGAAGAAAUUUUAGCUGGACAAAUGAACUGAGCAUAAUAAUAUAAAUAUAAUUGUUUGCAUUUUAAAAAUGAUGUAGUGAUUGUGUUGACUUCAUAUAAUGAAUGCAUAUCUGUGAAUUCUAUAAAGCAGAAAUUGUUGGACUUGAAAUCGAAAAAAUGAAGUGUUGAUGUAUACAAAUUAGUGAUUUACAUUCUUGAUCGGAAUUAUGCAGCUCAAAGGAUACCUUUUUUCUUUAUAUAUAUUAUUAUAAUAGAUUUUUUUAAAAAUUAAUUUAUGAAUAUGAUUUACCAUUCUGCCUUACAUUCUUAAAAAAAUAAUUUGUGUUUUUUAGAAUGUGUGCCACGAUGUAAGAUCACCUUUUUGAAGAGAAAUUUUAAAAAUUAUAAUGAAACGAUUAUAAAUAAUGAAUUGAAUACACGAAAGAAUUUAUAUGAAAAUAGAAUGGAAUAAAUUUUCAAUAAAUAUAAAUAUAAAUAUUAAUUGGAAAAAUUUGUUGAUUGGAGUGAUGGAAACCUAAAGUGGUAAAUUAAUUAUAUUGAUUUGUUUAACAUGGAAUAUUUUUUAUAAUUAAUGAGAAAAAAUGUUUCUUAUGAAUUGAUCUGUUUUAUACGGCUGUUGAUGAUUGAUCAAUUUCUCAAUGAAUUUAGGAAAAUGUAUACGUACAUUUUGUACAAAGAAUAAUGAAAUCAAAGUUUUGUAAAAUAAAUAAAAUGGUCGGUAUUUAUAAAUCUAAAUGUCUGAUGUUAAUUUAAUUGACAGACACAACUCCUGAAUGGAAUCAUUGAGAACUUUAUACUUUAGUGACAUGAAAGCAAUUUAAUGAAAGUGGAGUGGCAUAGUUUCAAGCUCUCAAAGCCUAAAGUUUGUUAAUGAGCCAAAUAUAGUAAACAUAUGGCUUUGUGGUUGUUCACUUGACUACACUUUGUAAAAUCUUGCCCAAAUUUGCCAAUUUGACUUAUGAACAAUGUACAUUGUUGCAUAGUCAAGGAAAUAAUUGUAAAAUAUUCUUAAUAUAUAAUACACUUAAAUUAAAUUUCAAUUUUAAAUAUUUACG